CCACUAACAGCAUUUACCUGCUGGCUUAACUCACCUUUCAUGAAUACAUUGUUAACAGAAGGAGCUGGGAGUCCUCAACAUAUUGACUGAAGUCAUCACUGAGGGGACAAAGGAAACACCAUUUUCAUGUAGGCCUAUGACUUUUUCUGCAUGGAUGUGUAUGGGACUUAGAGAAAGGUUGCGAUGGAAACCGUGCCAAUAGGCUGGACUGUGCACAGCUAUGACCAGCAGGGUGAUGGGACAGGACUCUUAAAUGGGGAAGCCCACGACACGAAGGCCAACACGCAUGUCCAGGAUCUGUUUCAUGAAGAUGCACAGAGCUCCCAGCAGUCCAGCCAGCCAUGGUGGAGGAUCCAAAUGUUUGGGUGGGAGCCGGUGCUCUUUGGUACAUGGGAUGGCGUUUUCACCACCUGCAUGAUCAACAUCUUCGGUGUGGUUCUGUUCCUACGCACCGGCUACCUAGUGGGGAACACGGGUGUGCUGCUCGGGAUGUUCUUGGUCUCCCUUGUCGUGCUGGUUGCUUUAGUGACGGUGAUGUCAGGGAUCGGAGUGUGUGAGCACUGUGGUGUUGGCAGUGGAGGAAUCUACUCCAUGAUCUCUACAGUCCUGGGUGGCAGGGUGGGGGGCACAGUGGGCCUCCUUUAUGUGUUUGGACAGUGCGUGGCAGGAGCCAUGUACAUCACUGGUUUCUCUGAGUCGGUGGCAGAGCUGCUGCAUCUACAGAACCAGUGGGCAGUGCAGGGUAUGUCUGUGGCCGUGCUGCUGGCACUGCUUGGAAUCAACCUAGCCGGUGUCAAGUGGAUCGUCCGACUACAGCUGCUGCUUUUGGCCGUGCUUGCCGUCUCCACGCUGGACUUUGUAAUUGGCACCUUCACACACCUCGACCCAGAACAUGGCUUCAUUGGUUAUUCACCGGGCCUGCUCAUCAGUAACACGCUGCCAGAUUACAGCCCAGGAGAAAACUUCUUCACUGUCUUUGGAGUCUUCUUCCCUGCUGCUACAGGGGUUAUGGCAGGAUUCAACAUGAGCCCAGACCUUCAGCGGCCUGAAAACAACAUCCCUGUGGGAACGCUGGCAGCUGUCUUCACCUCGUGGUUCCUGUAUCUGGUCUUUGUCUUCCUCCUGGGGGCCAUCUGCACAAGAGAAGCUCUGCGCUAUGACUUCUUGAUAGCAGAAAAGGUCUCCUUGGUGGGUUUCCUCUUUCUGCUGGGCCUCUACAUCUCCUCCCUGGCUUCCUGCAUGGGGGGACUGUAUGGAGCACCCAGGAUCCUCCAGUGCAUCGCCCAGGAGAGGGUCAUUCCCAUUCUGGCGUUUCUUGGACAAGGGAAAGGUCCAACCAGGACUCCAGUAGCAGCUAUCUGUCUGACCAGCCUCCUGACCAUGGCCUUCGUCUUUGUUGGCCAGGUCAACGUGCUGGCCCCAAUCGUCAGCAUCAACUUCAUGCUCACCUACAGCUUCGUCGACUACUCGUACUUCAGUGUGGCCAUGACCUUCAAGCUGCAGAACGAAAAGAAGAGUUAUCCCCUAAUCCCCAGGCACAGAAACAGGCGACGGUCCACCAGGCAGAGCUCAGUGCAUCUGAUCGGGGCCGACCUCCGUAACUAUGGUAGUAGUGGAGGCGAGAGUCUGCAGGGGAAAGGAACUCUGUUGGAAUUUACCAAGGACAUGGAUCACAUAUUCCCCCCUGCGUCAAAUGGUGAUGCUGGGGAUGAGACGACUAACACCAUGAAACAGCUGAACAGUAGAUCUAAGGGCAGAAAGGCUCCUGUCAGUACUAAACAGAAGCUGUUGGACAGCUUUGGCUUAGACGUUAACAGCAAUAUGUUCUCAGAUGAGAAAGAAGAGGAGUUGGCUUCGGCUCCUCCACAAGAGGAAGCUGAGGUUCUGGAUGGACGCCCAGAGCUUACGGCCAGAGUCGAACCUCAAGUCCAACAAUGUUCAAAAGUACACCAUGUUGAGCAGAAUUCAACUGCUGACUCUCUUUAUCACAGCACAGGUGCUGGAGGAGAACAGCAGACCGUUGCAAUCAAGCCAAUGCAAGACUCAGUCUAUAUGAAGUUCUGCAACCACUGGGUAGCUCUUAUAGGGGCAUUAACCUCCAUAUUGAUUAUGUUUGUUAUUCAGUGGGUUUAUGCCUUAGCAAACAUAGUCAUUGCCUUGCUGCUCUUCCUUUACAUCGGGAAAACCAGUCCAGGACUACCAAUAGGCAUUGCAGCUCGAUUCAGCUUUUUCACGUGGCUCAAAUCAACACUAAAUAGCAUUUGCAGGGGCAAAGGAGCUCCUCAGGAGAUGGUAGUCACACCCUCUCUGUCCGGGGUCGGGAUGAAAACCAAGCAGCUGACUGAGGAAAACGCUGACUUUGCCUCCCGCCACCGCCAUCACCAAUCCUCAUUCAUCAUGUCUGACAAGAUGGUGCAACCAGCACUCCACUGACCAGCUGAAACACUGUUCCAUGUAACAGCUGUCAGCCUGAAAACACCAUUUCUGCUUUGGACUGUGCCUCAUGUUGACUAAGUUCUACACACAUAUUGUAUAUUAACCAGACAUCAAUUCUCACAACCAAACAUUGGAUCAUCUACCAUAAAAAAUAAACCUAAAUCAAAGUGA